CCACAUGCGCAACGAAUAGAAGUCAUCGGGGUUUUCUGCUUCUACUGAGCCGUGGAAUCGGCCAUUACUCUAAUAUUUCUCCCGCGAACAAAUACCUUCAAUCAACGAUGAAGAAACAAAAGAGUCUGCAAAAAUUAGGACAAUUGCAUUUAUAUCGCUUAACAUAUUUAUAUUACGUUUAAUGAAUAUUUUUUUACGUCGUAAAAAAAAUUUUUUUUAUAAAACAUUGAAAAUAAUAAUUUUCAAUGAAUUGAAGAAUAUUUCGAAUUUCUACAAUUUGAGGAUCGCCGUAUGAGUCAGAUAAAUAUAUACAUAUAUACAAAGUGAAUGAAUAAAUCACUUGAGGAUCAUUUAUCUAUUGAUUUAUUAUAGAGAAAAUGUUUCUCCGUUAUUUCUAAAAUUCGUUACAAAAAAAGAAAAAAGAAAAAAAAAAAAAAAGAAAAAAAAAAGAAACCAGAAAAAAAAGGAAAAAAGAAAAGAAAAGAAAACCCCGAGAAAGGGAAAAAAAAAUAAAAUAUGAGAAAAAGGUUACUUCGUUUGGUGAUAUUGAAUUACCUUGUAUAAAAUAUUAAUGGAUAUUUUCCGAACGUCUAAUGCAUUAUAUACGUUUAUGUUUGUCGAUAAUGAUAGUUAUUCGAACGAAAUUACGUUUGCUUCCUUUGUCAAAAUUAAAGAGAAAAUGUUUGGGGGAGGAGGAUAAAAUGGGAAAAAAAUAAUAGAGACAAGAGGUAGCUUUCAGCUAUCCCGUUCACCGAGGUAUCAUAGAUGCGACUUCGUGUAUGUAAGUAUAAUACAUACAUACAUACAUAUGUACAUACAUAUGUACAUAUAUACAUACGUAGAUACAUACAUACGUGCGUAACAGAGCACCGGUAGCAUGAGAAAGCGAGAGUGCCAUAUCGAUCCGAUUUGUUCCUACGUCUACCUACCUCAACCCUGACUUGGCCUCUCCGUUUCGUGGAUCGAGUAAAAUGGGACACCCGGUAUAUGAUCGUGGAGAUCCCGAUAGAGAGGAAAUAGCGAAGAAAAGUUAGCGAGUCCUACGCCGGUGGGCUGUUUUGGGCGGACGACGGCUGUGCACAAAAACGGCGGCAGUCAAGUUCAAGGCCACCGCCCCCUCCAGCAGGUCCAUGGCCGCCGCCACCGCCGCUAUUGCCGCUGCCGCCGCCGCCGCCGCCGCCACCGCCGCCGCCGCUACCACCGUCGCCGCCACCGCCACCUCCAUCACCGGCUACCCCCACCAAUGACCAUCGCGAUAUACCCACGAUCUAUUGUGAAAAGGAGCGAGAACGAUAUGGAGGCCUGGAUGUACGACGUGGUUUGUAUGAUGUCUGGCGCUACUACCGAAGGUAUGAUAUGCUACAACAGAACCAUGCCAAACAUUAAACAAGAAGUCGACAACCCCGCCACGCCUACACAAAACUAUCAAGUUUGUUCACCGACCACUACACUGCAAAAUCAGGAGGCAAUUUGCACAAAAAUGGAUGUGCCGCCUGAUUACGGCGGCGGUGGUGGUGGUGGUGGUGGUGGUGGUGGUGGCAGUGCUUGUAGCGGAAAUGGAGGCGCUGGUAGUGGAAGUCCAGGUAGUCCAGAGAUGCAUCACUGUUCAUCGACGACUCAACCUUUAGGAACUCCCGAGGAAGGCAUCAAGGAGGAAGACAUGUUGCCCAGGCGAUUAUGUCUCGUUUGCGGAGACGUUGCAAGUGGAUUCCAUUACGGUGUCGCAUCUUGCGAGGCAUGCAAAGCUUUCUUUAAGAGGACUAUACAAGCGAGUAACUUUACAGGUAACAUUGAAUAUACUUGCCCGGCAAACGGAGAAUGCGAAAUAAAUAAACGUAGAAGAAAGGCGUGCCAGGCGUGCAGAUUUCAAAAGUGUCUUCGCCAGGGAAUGCUAAAGGAAGGUGUGCGAUUGGAUCGGGUUAGAGGUGGCAGGCAAAAAUACAGAAGAUCUACGGAUCCUUACAUCCCUGUGAAAACGGCUACUCUGGAAGCGAGCGUAGCAUCCGGAGGAUCUGGGGAACAAAUAAAUAACAAAAUGGUCGAAGCUCUAGCUGCGUGUGAACCCGAUAUUUUACAAGUAUCGAAUCUUUCUCACACUUUGGAUACAGAUCAAAGGAUACUGGGACAGUUGUCGGAUUUAUAUGAUCGCGAAUUAGUUGGAAUUAUCGGUUGGGCUAAACAAAUACCGGGGUUCAGCAGUUUAGCUUUAAACGAUCAAAUGCGGCUUCUACAAAGUACAUGGGCGGAAAUUCUAACUUUCAGUUUAGCGUGGAGAAGUAUGCCUAAUAAUGGCAGAUUGUGGUUCGCUCAAGAUUUCAGCUUGGAUGAACGUCUGGCACGUGAAUGCCAUUGUACAGAGCUAUAUACGCAUUGCAUCCAGAUCGUAGAAAGGAUUCAACGAUUGGGUUUGAUCAAAGAAGAGUACUAUGUGCUGAAGGCAUUGAUUCUGGCGAAUAGCGACGCUAGAUCGGACGAACCUCAAGCUCUAUAUCGUUUCCGCGACACAAUAUUAAAUUCCCUUUCGGACUGCGUAGCAGCCGUAAGGCCAGGACAGGCGUUACGUGCUACGCAAAACAUGUUCCUAAUACUGCCUAGUCUUAGACAGGCCGAUGGAAUUGUAAGGAGAUUUUGGUCGAGUGUUUAUAGAACGGGCAAAGUGCCGAUGAACAAGCUCUUUGUAGAGAUGUUGGAAGCUGCCUAUUAUCGAUGAAACAACUAGAACCUGGUCGAAUAUUAUCAUUGAAAUCGAACGAGUUCGUCAAAGUUAUCAUUAAUAGUCGAUGUAUAAUAAACAUCACGCGGAAAUAAUAAAGGUGUUACUCACGUUUUCGAAACUAAAGGGAAUGACAAGUGAGUGAUAAGUGAGAGGAACAGUGCAGUUCUGUUCUUUUUUUUUUCGAACAGACUCGCGAACAAAAAGUUCUUUAUUUUUCAAAGGUGAAGCGUGGAGUGAUUUCGACCAGUGUUUCCCAACGAUCAUCGAACCUUGCGUAUAGUUCUGAGAUACCGUUAGCUGUCUUUGUUUAAAGUAACCAAGCUUUCCUUUUCAAGUACCCCUUUUACAGGUAUAGGAAAGGGAAUGUGAUUUCAGCAUAAAACGCGGAGAGAAUAAAAUGCGAGGAGCCUACGUUUAGAGGUAUCAUUAUAGGAUAGUAUAUAGUCUGUUGAUCGAUAGAUCGCAUUACCAAAUAAAUAUGUUUUUGUUUACACACUUGAUCAUUAUGAUCGUGACAUCGAGUCAAUGAUCGUACAAGUCAGAUCGAAGUUUAGUAAUUGUGGUGUUUGAUAAACUGUGGGUGUUUGAUGUUACAUAUUUGCAAUAGAGAUACGCUAAUCAUUUCAUGUUUGUCAUUAAUCUGAAUUCAUAUAUCGUUUCUGGCGGUUAGUUUAGCAAGAGGAAUGUACAUGUGUAACGCUAAUAAUUUAAAAAAAAAAAGAUAAUACAAAUGUUUACUUGGCAUUAUAGGUGGAAUUAAUGUUGAAAGUAAUAAUAAUUAAAACUUAAGCUAGAUGUAUCGAACAUCCAUAGUUACGGCACUUUAAACCUUUAGGGCGUAUCGUUGUACAAAUAAAACCAGUGAUAGGAAUAGGGUUGAUCAAGUUGGAGAGAUAAAAAGAAAGAGAAAGAAUGACUGGAUCGUUCUCGAAUUAGAGCCACGUUGUUUUUUUUUUUUUUAUUUUUUUUCUUUUUUUUCUUUUUUUUUUCUUUCUUUUUUUUUGUUUUUUUUUUUUUUUUCUUUUUUAAAUUUCUUUUGUAUAAGAUACAUUAGGAAUAUAUUUUAAGAACGGACUUUGGCCAGGUUGCCAGGUUCAUGAGAGUAAAAAAGGGGAGUUUAAUUGUUUGUUAAAAUGAUCGCAAAAAUAUUGCGCGUGCCACACAAAAGUGUAGGAGAAUAUAUGUAUAUAUAUGUGUGUGUAUAUAUAUAUAUAUAUAUAUUCAGGGAUCUUUAUUAUCUAGUUAUUACCGUUAUGAGUAUCGCGUGCGGGACGUGUGCAUAGUACUGCUUCUAUGGAAGGAAACUCGUUAUGUAACAAGAGCUACUAUUCUGACGUGAAAGUUCAGUACGAAUUGAAACAACCGAAUAUAAAUUUGUUUUAUAGUGCUUUCUUUAGCAUUAGUUUGCCAUAACAUUUUCACUGAUAUUUGUAUUUUUUUUUUUUCCUUUUUCAUUAUAUUCCCGUGAAAUUAAAAAACGAUAUAAGAAAUCGAAUUAGUUUUAUCGUAAGAAAUAAUCGAUCUUAUUCCUUGUUAUAUUUGAAAUUUAUAUAUCCAUUUUCGUGAUGUAUCAGAAAAAUUCGUAAAAUUAAUUUUUUUUUUGUUGACAAUAUAGAUACGAGCAAUAAAGUAAUCAAUUUUUGCACAAAAGAGAAAGAAAAUAUUAUCGAAUUAAAAGUAACGUACAAAAAGUCGUUCGAAGAAACGGUGAAAAUGUUAUGCAUAAUGGUGUAGUCGUAUCGUAUAUCUAUAUCGUCACUUUUACGGUGCAAUAUAUUGUUCAUUCGCGUCGUUGCAUUAUCCAAAUCAUGGAAAUGUGGCGUUAUUCCUUUAUUUUGACCUUGCUUUUCCUUCUUGUCCUUUUAUCUUACAACGUUUCAUCUAUCCUGCAUUUACGCACGAUGAAUAUUUCAUGAUACUGACUUCCCAUAUCUUAUUCGUAUAAGUUCUUUCAAGUUUUCCUGCUUGAUGAUUUGUUCCUUGUCAUGAAGUAGAUAGCAUAAUAAAUGAAAUGAAAACAUGGCUGUUCAGCCACGGCGAAUUUUAUCUGUGUUCUUUGCAGCUUCCUACGUUUUUUCUCUCUCGUUCAUUACGUGGCUCAUUUUUUAAAUACACACAUAUAUAUAUAUAUAUAUAUAUAUAUAUAUGUGUAUAUAUAUAGUUCGAUUUUUUUUCUCCAUGGAUAAAUUUCACUUUAAGAUGCCAACAGAAAAAAGAAAAAUUGAAAGUAAUCAACGAAAAGGACUGACGCAAGAGAAAUUUUUUCUGAAUCUCUUGCAAAUGAAAUUUUUUUUUUUUCCUAUCGAUAACUAAAUUUUCGUUCAAUUGUUAUAUUAACUUUUCUUAUAAGUUUUAUACUUUCGAUUUAACUAAUAACAAUUCAUUUGUCGCGCUCUUCCUUUUCGUCUUUAUCAAUGUGAAAAUGUUUCUUCUUUAGACUGUGAUAUUUACACAAUAUUUGGCUUUUCUCUUUUGUGAAAUUAUUGGCGUUUCGUAAAAAUUCGAACGUUUUAGUUUAUGAGAUCUUGUAAUAUAUUGAUAUGAAUUUAUCUUGUUUUGCUUUUUUUUUGUUUUUUUUGUUUUUUUUUUUUUUUCUUGUUUUGCUUAAGUUGGUUUCAUAAUAAUUUAUGAACUAUUUCCAUGUAUAUAAAAAUCGAUACGAUAAAUUAAUUUUUCUACUAUCGCGCAUGGUGAAACUAUGUUAACCAGAUUUGGCGAUAAGGGUGGUGUUUCAUAAAGCUUAGCUUAAUUCCCGCGUCGUUGAUCAGCUUUUGUUAUAUCUUGAUAAUCCGAUUCGUUAUGUGAUUUAUUAUUUUCAAGUGGAAUUCAAUGUAUCUAUCAUAUAUACGAUCGUUUAUUAUAAAUCCGACAAUAAGAUGCGAUAUAUGUAAAACUUUCAUAGUGCGAUGAUAUUGAACUAUUAAAUAUCAGACUCGCUGAACUAUUAAAAAUUCGGAAAAGAACGGGUAAGAAUAUUGAAGAAAUAUUUUCUUAAAUCAGAGCAUUCGACAUAAAAGCGAAGAUGUAUUUUUAUGAAACCGACUUUUAUAUGGUUCCCCUUUUUGAAAUUGAGAAAUCUACAAUUUUCGUAAGCUUUUUUCUUUUUUUUUCCCCUCCCACCCUCCUUUAUUUAAUCAUCAUCCAUUCGCCGUGGCAUAGAAUCGUAGUCUCAGGGUUGCAUACAAACAAAUAAACAAACGAUACAAACCUCGACACAUACAAAUAGUUAAGAAUGCGAAUAUAUUUGUGAAGCAAACAUUAUAAUAAUAAUAGUAAUAAUAAAAAGAAUAAUAAUUAUAACAUUAAUAAUAAUAUUAAUAACGAUAACGAUAAGGAGACGAUUAAUGCUGUAACUUACUAUGUUAUAUAAUGAAGCUUAUGUGUUACGAAGAUGGAAAUUAUUUAUGUAUUAAAAAAAAAAAAAAAAAAAAAAAAAAAAAAAAAAAAAAAGAAAAAAAAGAAGAAGAAAAGAAAAGAAAAGAAAAGAAAGAAGGAAAUGCGUAUAUGAAAAUGAAAGAAAGAGAAAAUCUGGCAGAAGUAAAAUUCUUUUGUGUUAAGGAAUUAAGAAUGAUCGACUUUUUUUUGCCCAAAUAAAGUGGGGAUUUCGAUUAUUUGUUUUCAAAAUCGUUAUUCAUUUUAUCCGUCCGCGUAUUUGGCUUCAAAUCAUUCUUCGUGUUCGGACAUUGAUUAUUCAAACGUGCAUAUUUUUCUUUUCAAAGAACAGACAAAAAAGGAUGAAAUUGAUUUAUUUUUGUUACAAUAGAGCGAUUAAAUAGAUGUGUAUGUAAUAUGUACAUUUCGUAUUUGGUGUAAAGAAGAGAUUAUUGAAAUUAACAAGUAAGGAUACGAUCCUAGCUAAAUUAUGUUUCUUUUAUUUCUUUUUUUUUUUUUUUUUUCUUUUUUUCUUUUUUUCUCUAUGUAUACAUUAUUACGCUGAAGAUGACAUAGAUUUUUUUCUUUUGUUGUCAGUGUACAAUAUCGCCCCUUUAUAAAGUGUAAAUAUAUAGUAUAAAUAAAGAAGGCGAAAGACGCUAGUACCAGU